AUGUCAACAAUUUUAUAGUAUUAAGAGAUCAAUCUAAGUCUUAAUAAUGAGAAGAAGGCAAUUAAAGAUGUUAGAGGGUUUUUAAUUUACUUACUCAAGUUUUGGAGAAAGUGGAUUAAAACUAACAAGGAUUUAAUUUAAUGUUUAAAAAGAUCAAAAAUCACUAAGUUCAUAGAUACCAAGACUAAUAGAAGUAGUUUCUAGAGUAGCAGACUCAAUUAUUCUGUCUUAUAUAUAGAAUAUGGAGUAUUUUGAUU